AUGUCGCGCCUCCCCUUCCUCUGGCCGUCCAUCAGUAUCCUCCUCAUCCUGUUCAUAACCUUCAGCAUCAGCAACAUCUUCUUCUCCCUCCCCAUCCCGCACGCCGCUGAGCACAAACCAGCCAGCCCGCACGAACACACCCACGCGGAGGAUGCGCACCCCCACGACCAUGAGGACACGCACAUGGACACGCCGAGUAUCCGCCUCCCGCCGCAGCCCCCAAUUGUGUUCCCGCCGUCCGCAGAGGCCGUGCAUGCGGCCAUCGCCUCCUCCUCCGGCGUGCUCGAGCAGCUGUCCGCGCUGGCGCCCGCCGACGCCACUGUAGAGAACGUGCUGCUGCCGCUCGCCGCCUCUGAGGCGGCGCUGACGGCGCUCGUAAACACGUUGACGAUCCUGUCUCUGGCCUCGACGGACGACACGACAGAGGUGCUAGAGCUGCUCGCGGAGCUCAACGAGCACAACCUGCGCACGUCCACGCACCCGUCGCUCUCGCCGCUGCUCACGGCCCUGCACAACAGCAACAACACCACGGACGCCGAGACCGCGCGCUACCUGCACGCGCUAUACACGGGGCUGCUACACACCGGGGCGGCGCUCACGGCCGAAGAGCAAUUGCGCCUCGAGGUGCUGCAGGAGAGCCUCUCAAACCUGUCGUCCACCUUCCAGCACAACCUCAUCACCUGCAACAGCACGCUCUCCACGGCCUCGCUCAACCUCACCGGCGUCUCCCCCGCCUCCCUGCCCCUCCCCCCCUCCGACACCCUCCUGCUGACGCCGCGCACCAUCGCCGCGGUGCUCACCGCCGCCGAGGACCCAGCCACGCGCCACACCGUCUGGGCCGCCGGCGAGAACAGCGUGCCCGAGAAUGUCCCCGUGUUUGCGGAGAUGAUCCGCGCGCGGCGCGAGGCCGCCGGGCUGCUGGGGUACGGCAGCUGGGCUGCGAUGCGGCUCGCGGGCGGGCGCAUGGCGCCCGACGCGGAGUUUGUGCGUGGGUUUCUUGCGGAGGCGCGGGCGCGCAUUGCGCCGGUUGGGGUGCGCGAGGUGGCGGAGCUGGAGCGGGCGCUGGGCGGCGAGUACCAUCUGUGGGAUAAGCGGUAUGCUGAGCGGCUGCGGGAGCGGAGCGAGGGCGCGGGGAUGGCGUUUGAUAUUGAGGGCGUGCUGCCGCGGGUGCUGGCGGAGCUGGGCGGCGUGUUUGGGCUGCAGUUUGUGGCGGUGGGGCGGGAGGAGUGGGCGGUGAUGCGGGGGGUGGUGCGGCGGGAGGGCGAGGAGUCGGCGUGGGAUGGCGUGAGGGAUGGCGAGGAUGCGGCGAGGGGCGAGAUGGCGUGGCAUCCGGAUGUGAAGCUGUUUGCGGUGUGGAAUGCCGCUUCUGCAAAGAACACCGCCCGCCAUGAGGACUCUGCCUCGCCCGCUCACCCCGCCGCCGCCUCUUCUUCUUCUUUCGUGGGCUAUCUGUACCUCGACCUGCUCGCCCGCCCCUCCAAGACCGCCCAAGCCGGCAGCCUCAACAUCACGCCCGGCCACCACCACCCCUCCCACCCGCGUCACUACCCCUCCACCGCCGUGCUCACAACCUUCCCCGCCACCGGCAAGCUCUCCCACACGGAGCUCAUCGUCCUCUUCCACGAGCUCGGCCACGCCAUCCACGACCUCGUCUCCACCACGCAGUUCGCGCGCCACCACGGCCCCGCCGGCGUCGCCGUCGACUUCGCCGAGGUGCCCAGCCGCGUCGGCGAGGAGCUCGCCUGGGACGCCGGCGUGCUGGUGCGCCUGGGCGCGCAGGAGAGCCAUGCCCGCGCGGUGGUCGACGGGCGCUGGGAGGGCGCGGCGCUGGCCGCGCUGCGGGGCGUGCAUAUUGCGGCGUUUGAUAUGAUGGUGCAUGGGGAGGACCCGCCGCAGGAGGAGGGGCUGGUGGGGGUGGUGUAUAAUGAGCUGCGAAGGGAGGUGAUACCCGUGAAGGGUGGGGAGCCCGGGGAGAGGCUGGAGGGCUAUGCGACGUUUGGGCAUCUGACGCAGGGGUAUGAUGCGGGGUAUUAUGGGUAUUUGGUGAGUAGCUGCUAUGCGGCGGAUGUGUGGGGGGUGUUUAGUGGUGGGGAGGAGUGGGGGGUGGUUGGGGGGCGGUGGAGGGGGGUGUUGGAGGCGGGGGGGUCGAGGGCCGCGGGGGAGCUGGUGGAGGAGUUCUUGGGGACGAGGCCGGGGUGUGGGGUGUUUUAUCGCAGAUUGGGGGUGGCGGAUGCUGAGGGGGAGAAGCCGUAA